CCGGAAUACUCUGUUAACAAGAUAGAUGUCCCUUAUUCGGGUCGGACUAAGCUCCCGGACGUCAAGGAUCUGCCCUCGAGUCGUAAGUGGGGUACGAUACGUUGUCAAUUCGCAUAAGAGGCCGCUCCUGCCUGCAGCAACCUUUCGACGCCUCAAACUUAGUUGUCGCAUCUACGAGCAAAGUUAGUUUACCUCCAGUUUCCUAGAGUACUCGCUUAUAUUUCCCCUUAGUCAAAUCCACCAAAACAUAUCCAACAUGGCAUCCCACAGCGCCCAGGUUACCGUCCUCUACC